AUGUCAUCCUUUGUCGGAUUGCUGCUGCUCCUUCUUGCGUUCUCCCUUACACAAGCCCGAGCAGAAAGUGUAUUCGAUCGGUUCGAGAACGAGGAAACGAAUGAGCCGCUGUUCCCACCUUUGUCGGCCUCGGAGACCGAGUCAGAUGCCAUCGCCGGCCCACGAUCGAAGCACUUUGUGGGUACAUUUCGUGGUCAGCCGAUCCUCACACGUCAGAGGCAGGUCUACGUCGACAACGAAGGUGUGCCGGUGCCGGUGCGUCGCUAG